AUGGCACCUAUUGUCCCACACUGGCACCGGCCGUCCCAUCCGGAUAUUCAAGAAGUUGUCGAGAACCCUGCUGAGUACACUACCAAGAGCAUUUCGCGUGUGACGCUACCGCCCUUUUCAGUAUUUGCCAAAUUCGACUUUCCUCCUUGCACGACUGCCUCCGAGCCUACCUAUGCUACUGUCCAGACCGGCCGUGACACCCAUCUGAACCUCAACAGCGAUCUGCUCUAUAUCAAUCACUCUUGCGAGCCAACAUUGUUUUUUGACGUAGGCAACUUCAACGUCUUAGUCGGCCCCAAGGGCUUAAAACCCGGCGAUGAACUGAGCUUCUUCUACCCUUCAACGGAAUGGUCCAUGGCCCAGCCUUUUGACUGCCUCUGCGGCGCUUCCACCUGCCGAGGCCGCAUUUCCGGCGCCCGCGACAUGACGGAAGCCCAGCUCGACGGCGUUUGGCUCAAUGGCCACAUCAUCCAGCUCCGUGCUGAGCAGCAGGCAGGGCGCCAGUCUCAGGACCCCACGGCUGCCAUUCUGCAAGGCGCUGUCGCUCACGCUGAGCAGGCUCUUGUGGCAGCCCGUCUUGCAGCCCGUUCUUACUCGGGCUCAUCUGAGAAUGGCACCAAAGGAACUAAUGGUAUUGCUCACAAGGCUGUCCAGCACAGAAUUGUUGCAUAG